AAUAAAUGAUGGGAUCCCUGUUGUAUUUGGUGGGUGUCGCCUUUGCUAGCUUCGGGACCAGUACUCUCGCAUCAGCUCAAUAUGAAGCACGCGAAGUGUUGGGUAUUGAUACGUCUACACUUAAUGGGAAACUAUUUGUAGGAUAUCAAGCGUGGUUCCGAAAGCCAUUCGAGGAUAACGGGAAUUCUCAUUGGACGACAGACACUCCAACACCUGAGGUUGGCCAUGUUGGUGUUGAUAUGAUACCGAAUAUCACGGGCUAUCCACCAGAGUGCCUUUUCGAUACGAACUUCACACUCCCUGACGGAGAAGCUACGAAAUUUUAUACGAACGACUGCGAGGGUGUGGUAGAUUUACAUUUCAAGAUGAUGGCAGAUGCUGGUAUUAGCGGUGCUUUUAUACAACGCUUUUACGGGUACAUCAACGAAGCUAACGGAGGUUGGAUUAAUAUCCUAAAUUAUGUGAAAACGGCGGCGGAGAAAUAUGGCCGUGGGUUCGUGAUAGAAUAUGAUCUUAAUGGCGCCUCUACAACAUCUACCAACGUUACAGAAACGUUCCUAGCGGAUCUCGGGUCGCUUGGUUCCUUAACCUCAUCCUCGGCUUACGUACAUCAUAAUGGAAAGCCGGUCCUUGAGAUAUGGGGUUUUGGAAUAGUCACGGAGGUCAGCGUCGACGAUGGUAUUGCGAUAGUGACCGCACUAAAGAAUGCUGGUUGGUACGUUAUCCUCGGAGUUCAACAAGCGUGGCAUGCGGAGUUAGCUGCCGACCAACCUGGCGGCUAUGGCCCGGUUUAUCGGCUAGCAGAUAUGAUACAGCCAUGGACCGUCGGUGCUUAUGGAUUUGAUAAUUAUGACGACUUUCAUGAUGGAAGACAGGCGGUUGAAGACGCCAAUGCACUUCGGGAUCUUGGGAUCGAAAGCAGCAUCGUGGUGUGGCCUGGAGGCUCGAGCAGUAACGCAAAUCCUAAUGAAGCGUUUGACCAUUUCCCAAGAUUCAACGGUACAUUCUACCAAAAACAGCUGGACGGCGCUGUCAAUUUGAAGCCUAGUUUUGUUUUUGGGGCCAUGUUCGAUGAAGUCAACGAAGGCACUGCUGUACUUCCCGUCCUCAGAAAUAGGGAAUUACCCACAAACCAAAGAUUUCUCGGUAUUGACGAUGAUAUGGAACCCGACUACUAUUUAAAAAUGGCUGGGGACGCAGCGUCAAAGCUGGAUUCUGCUUGGAAAUAGACCAAUGAGUUGACAAUUGAUGUUGGAAAUGAAAAGCUCGGCUCGGCUCGGUUCGGUUCGGUUGGGCACGGAUCGCGAGGGUGUGCUAUUCCUAGAAUUAGUUGACUAAGGCGCGUCUGUUCUUUUACCAUGUUCCAAGGUUUAAAUUAUGAAAUUACGUUAUACGUCAUAAUUUAGUUCAAAUAUGUUUUAUGAAGCAAAUAUUUCAGAUUCCUUAGCUGUCUACGCAGUCUGUC